UUUGGAUUUCACAAGGGCAGAGCAACACCCAAGAAUCUGCCCUGGGACUCCUCUGGAAUCACCAAACAGAUACACUUUCAUAUAAGUACUGUCCCAUACAAAACACUGAGACCACCAUGCGCAGCAUUUACAGAAUCAUAGCAAGUCAGUAUGACCCCCUGGGCUAUCUCAUUCCCUACACUACCAAAGCCAAGCUUAUAGUACAGCGCCUUUGGGAUAAGAAAAGAGACUGGGAUGACCCGCACUUACCUGCAGAUCUUCUACAGACCUGGACAGAGUGGGUGGAGGAGCUGCCUGCCCUACAACACAUUGUCUUUCCAAGGUGUUAUACCAGUCCAAUCAGAGAUACCGACAUGAGUCAGCGAGAGAUACACAUCUUCUGUGAUGCCUCUGAGCGGGCUUAUGGCUCAGUCGCUUAUCUCCGCACAGAGGAUCAAUGUGGGGAGGUAGAGGUGGCCUUCCUCACAGCCAGGUCACGAGUGGCACCCAAAAAACAGCAGUCGAUCCCCCGUCUGGAACUCUGUGCUGCACUGACUGGGGCACAGCUGGCUAAAGUAGUCAGAACAGAACUGAACCUUCCCAUACACCAACUCACUCUGUGGACUGACUCCACCACAGUUCUCACUUGGCUGCUUUCAGACUCUUGCAGAUUCAAAGUGUUUGUUGGAACUAGAGUUGCUGAGAUCCAGGACAUUACAGACCAGCACACAUGGCGUUAUGUUCCUUCAACCUAUAACCCAGCAGAUGACAUAACACGGGGGAAAAGCCUAUGUAAGCUAGGGCCAGAUAGCCAUUGGUACCAAGGGCCAUCCUUUCUCAAAGGUCCUCCAAAUCAGUGGCCAGAAAUCCCACACCCCAUGCCUGCAGACGAAAGUGAGCUUCGUAAAACAGUUCCCUGCCUCCUUACCUGCUUCACAGCCAGCUUGUCAUUCCCUGACUUCAGCCAGUAUAAGACAUUUGAAGAGCUACUGGAGUCCAGGGCCUGUCAUGGGGCGGCAGGCAAUCCAACAGCUGAUGACUACAAGAUGGCGGAAAUCAGUGUCCUACAGCAAGCUCAGGAAGAGUGUUUCCCCUCUGAACUGGAGCAGUUAAAGGCAGAUAAAUCACUUCCCAGAAACAGUCGGCUAAAGGCACUGGCCCCUGAACUGAACCAUGAUACACAGCUAAUCAGGGUAGGAGGUCGCCUUCGCUGUAGCCCUUAUCUAGAUCCUGAUACUGUGCACCCCAUUGUCCUAGACCCAAAACACCCAGUGUCCAAACUGCUCAUACAGAGUUAUGACACUAAACUCCAUCAUCCAGGCCCAGAAAGAGUCUUUGCAGAGCUUCGGCGAAAAUAUUGGAUUCUUCGCGGCAGGGAGGCAAUCAAACGUUGUCAGAGGACUUGCGUGGAGUGCCAGAAGUGGAGAAGAAACCCUGAAGUCCCAAAAAUGGCAGACCUCCCUCCAGCCAGAUUACGUUUAUUUAAGCCUGCUUUCUACUCAACAGGAAUGGAUUGCUUUGGUCCAUAUACUGUCAAAGUAGGUCGCAGAAAUGAAAAGAAAUGGGGCAUCCUGUUCAAAUGUCUUACUACAAGGGCUGUUUACAUUGACAUCCUUCAUAGCCUUGACUCUGAUUCAUUCCUUAUGGCUCUCAGACGAUUCAUCGCUAGACGAGGCAAGCCAUUCGAGCUAUUAUCGGAUCAAGGGACUAACUUCAAAGGAGGGGAGAGAGAACUGAAGGAAGCAUACGCAGCUAUCGUCCCUGAAUUGCAACAGCAACUGGCAAGCCAGCAAAUACAAUUCCACUUCAAUCCCCCUAAUUCUCCACAUUUUGGUGGCAGCUGGGAAAGAGAGAUUCGCUCCCUUAAACAGGCCUUGAUGACAACACUUGGUGCCCAGUCUGUCACCUUCGAAGUAAUGUACACUGUGCUGGUGGAGAUUGAAGGGAUCUUAAAUUCCAAGCCACUAGGCUACAGUUCAUCUGACAUUUCUGAUCUAGACCCUAUCACACCAAAUUCCCUUCUCAUGGGGCGGCCAGAUUCAUCACUUCCUCCUGUAAUAUACCCUGAAUCUGAACUGAUCAGUCGACGCAGAUGGCGUCAUAGUCAAGUCCUUGCCGACCAAUUCUGGAGGCGCUUCAUCAGGUUCUACCUUCCCAGCCUCCAGACCCGCCAGAAGUGGCAAGAUGAGACAUCUGACCUCCAGGUUGGCACCAUCGUCCUGAUUGUCGACCCCCAACUGCCCAGAGCACUCUGGCCAGUGGGCCAGGUGUCGAAGGUAUUCCCUGGAGUAGACCGCAGAGUAAGAGCAGCAGAAAUUAAAGUUGGAAAGAAGUCAUACACACGCCCAGUGGCACGCCUCAUCCGAUUACCUGCCAUACCAGAUUAAAGGUACUUUUAAUGGUGUAGGACAGGUUAUAGGCCCUUUUGUUAUUGUACAUAUUUCCCUUUGGAAAUCUGGGGGCGGCUGUAAAAAAGGCCACACGCAGGUUAUAUUCAUUUGGCUAAGCUUCCCCUGCAAUACACCACACUCAACGCACACGCAGCAUCCAUCCUGUGAGCCAAUCAGGACUACAUGCAGGAUGCGAAAGGUCAGCGGUCCCGCCCACAGAACGGAGUUAGAGCGAUCGGGAAAGCGGACAGAUGCGAGCUGCACUGUAGCGAUUUAUAUUUGCCAAAGUUGUGUGCGUGCCUAAAAAAAAACCACACACACUCAUGCAAAUUCUGUGGUGACAAUAAAUGGGUUAAUCCCGUACAAGUCUUUUA